AAAAAUUCUCAAGUCUUGAGACGCGAGUACAACACCUGGGACUGGGAUCUCAUCGACAGUGUGCUGCGAUGGCCGGGCGAUGCUCUCAAAAAAUUAGACGAUAAUAAUCACAAGACUUUUGUGAGAAAAUUGCUUCAAUUUUAUAAACCUUCGAACAAACAAUUCUCGGCCAUCAGUAACACCGAUGAUAAGGAGCGACUCCUGUGUGUUGUCGGCCAACACUUUCUCGACUUUCUUCUGGACGCCGACGACUCCAAAGUCCAUGAAUACGUCGAAGAGUUUUUUGUCGAUUUAGACAAUUGCUUCGCGCAGAUAGCGGUCGAAGUGCCGCCACAAAACGCAAUCCUAAGUCCCGGCCGACUGCUCAGCACUUUGAGUCACUCGUACUUCUUAUUCAUAGGAAGGCUCACCAAUUCAAACAAAGGCAAGAAAUGGCUCGAAAAGACCGGUAUUUAUCAGUAUUUUCUGGAUCUGAUAAGUCUGUCCUCGCAUGACGUCUAUAUGAAGCUAAUUGUCUCAUCACUCGACUACUCAACCGAAGUGAACAACUUUUCGCGAACUUUACUCAACAAAGUGUUGACAUCAGUGUCGGAAUCGGCCAGACUUUAUGCAACCAAUUAUCUACGGGUGCUGUUGAGGGCCCAGGUCUGUGAUUAUAGCAAAUGGGCGAUUGAACUGUUGGUUCUGCAGCUCUACGAUAAGAGUUCCGCCGUCUCGUUGGCAGCCAUUGAUAUUCUGCAAGAAUCGUGUGAUUCAGUGGAAAAUCUUGAGAUAUUAAUCCAAUUGCGUCCGUCUUUGUUGCAUUUGGGAGACAACGGUCUCCUCCUAUUAGUCCGAUACUUAUCCCUGACGUCGGGAUUCAAAUUCCUUCGCGACGCCAACUUCAUUGACUACGAGUUGAGUCGAUGGCAGAAGAGUUUUAAUCUGAAGUACGUUAAGAUUGUUGAGGACCUCCUCAACGAGUGCUUUACGUGUCAUAAUCGCAGUGAAGACGGAUUAUAUGGUCGCAGAAGUGAUAAGAAGAACUGCGUUCAUAAAAAUGCAUUCAUUCCGCCCCAUCUGUACGGCCAGUUGGCCCACACCAGCGAUGGCUACGAAUUGCUUCUUAAAGAGGACUGUCUGUCACCACACUAUGAAGUGAUUCGUUUGCCUGAUUUUAACUCUCAAUUGGGAGUCAUUAAACUGAAAGCAGCGCUUUGGGCGGUCGGACACGUGGGCGCCACUCAUCUCGGCUUUCAGUUGAUAAGUGAGGCCGAAAUGAUUCAGUCGAUCGUCAAAAUGGCCGCUCAUUCGCCGAUUCUGUCGGUCAGAGGAACGUGUUUUAAUGUCUUGUGUUUAUUGGCCUCAACUCUCGAAGGGUCGGAAGCACUUCAGGAGUUUGGGUGGGAAUCCAUUCGACACUCACAUCACGAGAAGUUCUGUUUAGUAGAAGAGCCCAAAGCGGACGCAUUAAUGAAUUAUCUUAAUGAUGACCGCAGCCACGCCUGGUCUGUGAGCACCGGUUCCAACAAGUUUGACAUACUUUCGGGCAAAGACUUUGAUAUGUCUGCCGAUAAGUUUGUUUCGUUUGACUUCACAGACGCGACACUUUCGGGAAGUUUGCCGUCGCUUACAGUCGAAGUGAACGGCGAUUUGCCCCAAAAGAAGAUAUCAUUGCCGACGAAAAUGUUGCCCCGAGUUAUGAGUCUUUCUCCCCAUCACUACCGCUCUGUUAUUGAUUCGCGUCCGCGAUCUUCAUCUGACACUCCGAAGGCUUCGCAACAAAAAGAUAUUAUUGUUAAUAAUAAUAAUACGGACGCCGAUGAGAGUGACAGCGGUUCUGUCAUUUGGAUUCGACAGAAGAGUAGCGAAUCAAUGGUUAACUCUACCGUCUCAUCAGAUAUUGACUCUUCGGGUUCAACAAUAAAGCCGGAACGACAUGACAGCGGACUCAUCGCCGACUCAUCAACGGCACAGUCGACUCCUGUGAGCGCUCAGGCACACAAACACCAGACGCUGACAGUACAGGAAACUCCUAAACGGAAGACAUCGGAACCAUUUGGAUAUUACGGGGCGUUAGCCAGAGAUGAGAGGAGUGAUAGCAAUGAGAGCUCUCACAACAGUUCCGGCAAAAGCCGUUCGGGAAGUUUUGCGGACUCGACGUCAGGUGUGAGCGCCAGCUCUUACGACUCGCAAGAAAUCCGACGGCAGAGAAAUAAUUUGAGUCCAAUCGCGAGUCUUUCCUCAAUAAGUAACUCAACUCUCGGCACAACCGUAAGGUCUCCGAUGUCUCCUUCGAUGGCCAGCAAUACUUUACCGCGAAUUGGAUCCAAGAUAUUCGUCGUCAACCAAUUGGAAGCACUCAAUGCCAGGGAAUCGAUUCCCAGUGCUAUUGACGCUUACGGUUACCAAACUCUGAGAGCAAUACAGAAACGAAGGGUUCAAUCGCUGUCCGCCGCCUCUUUUGACGACAGGCGCUCUUCCGAGGAAACUGAGGACACAAUCAGAGAGAACGCCGAUUCUAUGGUCCCUUUUGACCGGAAGUAUUCACGAGUGAGUUAUAAUGAAAGAAGCGAUUCACCCGAAUGUGACCCCAAGAUAUUUAUGGGCCUCUGUUUGCCCAAAACAUUGUUUCUUAUGUUUGAAGUUGAAACCGGAAGACAGAGAAACAAAUCAAACGUUUCGACAAAGUUUGAGACAUCGAAGUGGAGGACACAUUUGGAUCGGCUCUCUAACGAUGAAAUCGUAUUCAAUAACGGACUCGAGUUUCACAACGACACCAAUUGCCUGUAUUGUUUCAGACACAAAGGCUACACUCAAAUAACAACUAACCAUAUUAUAACAAAUAACUCAAGAACUCCGAUGAAUGAGACGUCUAAUAUUCCGCCACAAGUACUUAAUCGUCGAGAAAUUCUCAAGUUUGUCACCAAUUUAGGAGGUGCUGUACACGCAAAGCAAGCGGAACAAGGUCUUCUCAAUUUGAAGCAGAAGUGUUCGCAAGCAUUUGAAGACAUAUGCCUUUACUCGGAAGUGAGUCUUCAGUUGUCAACCUAUAACUUCCGAAUGUCUGCCCGACGUUUCCUACAGGAGCUCUUUCUUGACGUCCAUUUUGAUCAGAUAUACACCGAAGCGGAUGCUAUAGUGCGUCGACUGUCGGCUCAGACAUCGGUACCACAAGCAGACAGUGCUGUGAAUGAGACUAAUAUUGCAAAAUCAGAAGACAAUUAGAUUCUGUGAUUCCAAUAAAGUGCCACAAAAUGCAUUACAGGUAAACCAUUAGUAGUGAAGUCAUGUGAAGUCCUAUCAAACUUAUCAUACGAUGACUUUGUUUGGCUUAAAAUUAUAUUAUUUUACUCACAAGUGAUGCAAACAUUCUCAUCAAUUGUACAGUAUUUUUAUUACUAAUUGUUUUUAUUUGUAAUCUAUACUUAUGUAAUGGACUUGAAUAUUUAAAUAUUUGAUACAUAAAUAGUUUGUAGUGUUUGUGAUGCAAAUCUCUGGUCCCAACAUCUCUAUAAUGAC